CAUCACUGCUACGGCAGCUAGCAUCGGAGCCGCCGGCAUCCCUCAGGCUGGCCUCGUCACCAUGUCCAUGGUUCUAUCUGCCGUCGGCCUGCCCCUCAAUGACAUCUCACUCAUCCUAUCCGUCGACUGGCUGUUGGACCGGUUUCGCACCAUCGUCAACGUGUGGGGCGACGCGCUGGGCGCGGGCAUCGUCGCUCACAUUGUCCGAAAUGACCUUCCGCAUCUGGAUCAGGACGAUCACGACCGACGCGAUCUGUCGAGCCUGAGUCCUCCGCCAUCUUACAGCAGCGACAGCGGCGGCAAGGGUCACUCGAACAAAGCCUUCAUCGCGCACGAAUCGAACACGAAAAUGUAAAUUAACGCGCGUAUAGACGCAUGUGCACACACGCGCGCGCGCAGACAUGCAGGCACGCC